AUGCGCAAAAAAUUGCCGCCGAAUCACAACUUGCCAGCAAAGUGGGACAAGAUUGACAGCUUGGAGCAGAGGCUGAUAGAACUUGAACAGACCGGACCAAAGAUCAUUGAGCCGUUGGAUGCCUCAAGUGAUAAUGCCAGUUCAACAAUAGAAGCACUGCACCGCCAGCUUGAUCUCAAAAAUGACGAGCUGCGCGAUUUGCAAAAGCAGAAGGAUGACGCGCAGUGGAAGCUCGGAGAGCAUCAGCAGUGGUUGCAGGAUGCUAAUUAUCGAGCGGCAGGCUUGGAAAAUGAUCUGGAAGAAAAACGUCAGCACAUUGCCGAGCUGCAGUCUAUGCUGGAAAGCUUGAAGCGUGAUCUGGAAGAACAGGAACGUGCCAGUCAGGAAACAGUGAACAAUCUAAAUGAAAAACUGCGUCAACUAGAAGAAACACCGCCGUCGGCACCAGAUGCAAACAGUAUUCGGCAGCUGGAGGAAAAGGUGAAGAAUUUGCUGGGCGAGAUUGCUACCAAGGAUGGCCGAAUGAACGAGCUAGAAAAAGCCAAAAAU